UUCCUGUUUCUCUCAGGUGACUCACCUGUGUAAUGUCGUCGAUCGCUCAGGUUUUUGUCGACAUCAAAGAAGUUACUUCUCUGAGGGUUUCAGUUGCAGGUUGAAGGAUCAGAUCGGUCUGGAGAGACUCUGUGGAAGUUUUCAACCAUCUCUCUCGGUGCAUAUCAGGAAGUCAGGGGUCGGUUUGACGUCAUUAUACUGAAGGUUGAUUGUCUAGGAGAAGCAGCGUCUUGUUUUACCAUUUUGCGGCCUAAACUCUCCACGAAGAGGUUGAAUUUUUAAUAUAAUAAGUGGUUUUAUUUUUAACUGGCUUCACUGUCGUUACAAGUGAUCUUUGGAAAUUAUUUGAGUGGAAAUCUUUACUGGACUUUUAAAAAUGAAUUCACCCCUUAAAGGACAAUGGGGAGCGUUUGCGCUCCUGCUCUUUACGUUGUCUCUCGACUCCGCUGGGGGCCAGGAGACUGGUGAGGAGUGUUUGGCCAAAUUCAAGAGCGGUCGGGAGGAUUUUGUUCUCGAUGCCGACGAAUCGGUGAAAGCCGGAGCAACGUUCAUUUCGUCGCCCAAGAUGGAUCGAUACAAGGACUGCGUUGUGGAAUGCUGCAAAGAGCCCAGGUGCAAUGUCGCCUUAAUGGAGAGAGGAGCCGAGGAGGGCAUGGUCAAGUCCUGCUUUCUCUUUGAUUGUCUGUACAAGAAGAAAUACGCCUGCCGCUUUGUGAGAAAGAAAGGAUACAUCAAUUAUAUCCUGGACUCUGUUUAUGAAAGUUAUCUUGAAGUGGAUGUCCCCCCAAACGAAUCGGACCGUCCACCAGUCGCCAACGGCGGCCAGGACCGGGUGGUCCAGCCUCAGGACAGUGUGACACUGAACGGCAUAGAGAGCAAAGAUGACCAAGGGAUUGCGUCCUUCCAGUGGCAAAUGCUCACUGGAUAUCCUUAUGCUGUCAUUGAAAAAACCUCCUUCGACGACCAGAUUAUCGUGUCCAAUCUGACAUCUGGGGUGUACAAAUUCCAGCUGACCGUCACUGACACCAUCGGCCAAUCAGACUCAACCAAGGUCACCGUCCUGGUCCUUACUCCAGAGCAGUCUGAGCACCACUGUAUGGCUCCGAAGAAGGUUGGGCCAUGCCGCGGUUCUUUCCCUCGAUGGCAUUACAACGCCGCCUCAGAGAAAUGUGAGGAGUUCAUGUUUGGAGGCUGCAGGGAGAAUCUCAACAACUACUUGUCCAAGGAUGAGUGCAGCAAAGCCUGCUAUGGCUCAGAGAAAAGUGCUAUAGCUGGUAGAGGUUUGCCAGUUCCCUCGUCUCAAGGAGAAAAAUGUGGUGCUCCUUGUACCACGGAGCAAUUCACCUGUGCAAACGGUUGCUGCUUGGAUCCGGGCCUGGAGUGUGACUCAUCCCCACAGUGCAGCGAUAGCUCAGAUGAGCAAAAUUGCGAGGACUUGAACAACAAGUUUCGGAUUCUGCUGCAGAUUCCACUGGAUGAGCAAAAAGUGCGCUGCACACAGCCUCCCGACACAGGAAGCUGCAGGGACAGUCUCACUAGGUGGUACUACAACCCCAUCGAAAAGGACUGCUUCCGCUUCAACUACGGUAGCUGCCGGGGAAAUGAGAACAGAUUUGACUUAAAGGAAACCUGUCUGAAAGCUUGCCGUGGGGUAACAGAGAAGGACGUAUUUGCAAGAAGGGAGGAGUUUGAACGCCAAAUGUCUGAAAGCGAGACAGGUAUUAUCGCAAUAGCUUCCGUCCUGGGUGUAGCUAUUGUCAUCCUACUAGGCAUCCUGGUGUACUGCCUCUUCAAGGGAAAGAAAAAGACUUCACAACACCACCGUGUGCCCAUCAACACCGUCCCGGUCACCUCCAUGGAGGACAGAGAGCGUCUGGUCUACAACAGCACCACCAAGCCCAUCUGACCCCUCAGCCCUCACCUUCUCAUUCACUGAACAAACUCGGAUUGAUGACAGAGGAGGCAAUAUGUGUUGACUAAGUUGGAUGUGUUUUUUAUUUUGUGCAUAUAGCAGAAUGUCUUCAGUGAUGAAAUGUGAUGUUUAAUGAUUUGAGUUUUAGCUUGUAUUUAAUGCAGUGACCCUGUUAAGACCCAUUGGAUCAGGUUAAAUGUUCUAUCUUUAUGUACUUGCUUCGUGAUCUGAUAGUUGUCAGGGACUAGUUCUUUUUAAAAUAAAGUCAGUUUUAAUGUCAGACCAGACCCUGAAUCGUCAGUAGGUCCAUGCUGGUCUGUUACUUCAAAGUAAGAGUGCAACUUCAUUUGUGGAUCUGUGAUAUCACAUGGUGAUCCCUUCAACUUACUGAGGUCCUGCCACGCCAGCUUCUUCACUCUGUCAGAUUUGUUUUUACCCUGUUUUAUACAUCAUUGUUACAUAUUACAUUGGAUUAUACACAGAUGCAUCAUGUUGUACAUAAUCUUAGAAUUUUGAAAAAGAAAUAUUUUACUUGAGAAGAUUAUUUUGUCUGAUUACUCAGUGUUUUUAGAACAAGCGUAAUGUAUACAUGAAAUAAUUCUUAUUGAUACCUUAUAAAGCCUUGCUGUUGAAUUUGAUUUAUAAGCUCAUCAAAUGUUUGUACAUAUGUCCCGAUAUAAUUCUCUGCAACUUUAGCAGUAUCAUGAUGUUUAUACUUAAUAAAAAUAUCAACUCAA